AUGAGUGAGUGUGAAUAUUCAAAAUCUCUUACAUUGGGUAUAACCACUCAGGAAAUAAUUUCUAAGUUCAAUUUAAUGCUCAAGGAUUGCAAAAACUUGAAUUCGUUACUACUUAAGCUGUUGACAAGAAGAGCAAAACGAAAUACAAAAUACCAAUUUGAACUCCUUGAUGACGAUUCCGCAAUAAAUUGGGUUGUGGACAUAUCAAACGUUGAAAAUUUUGAUGAGCUAAAUGUUAGCUUGGAAGAUCUGGAUGGAUAUGUUUUAACAAACAGAUUGAAGGAUCGUGCUUCAGGUAUUGAAGACUUGAUGUGCGGUGCUAUAGAUGACGAAAAAGAUAUUACUCACAAUGCUUCAAACAAUGUAAGAUCAUAUAAUAAUAUUGCAGAAAAUGAAAUGACUGAUUCUAUAUUGUAUGAUCAAGACUGCAUUUCCGAACAAUCUUCGACUAACAACAAAAAGUUAUUAAUUCUAAUUGACAGUGAUAUUAGGACCUCUCAGACUAAUAAAGGUUGUAACAAUUUUGAUCCAAAAUUUAUAUGCUCAGAAUGCCUAUCUGAAAAUCCAAAUGAAGCAGGUUUUACUCUUCAAGAUGAAUUAAACUAUGAAACAAUCACAAGGCAUUGUAUCAUAUGUAACAACGAAUUUGUGAGCUCGGGUUCGUGUAUUUCUGGAAAUAACUGCAAAGACAGUUUUCAAUGCCCAUUGUGUAACUCUGUAUAUCAUACCAGGCUGAAAUUGAAAGAGCAUUGUCGGCAUGAUCAUUUAAGGCAUUUGACUUUUGAGGACAAUGGAGAAAUAAAACUCAGUAAACGAAAAUUAGCAAAGUGUGAUCAAUGUGAUUAUGUUGCUUUGCGAAAGGGACGAUUAUCAUCUCAUCUCAAGGAUGUCCAUGGGAUAUCUGAAAUAAUUUCUUGUGACACGUGUCAGAAAAAAUUCCCCUCUCAUCGGAUGUUGCAACACCAUGUUAUGCAAUUCCACACUAUGAUCAAUGUAACUUGCAAAAUUUGUGGAAAAAUUUGCAAAAAUCGUUCAUCAUUCCAACGACACAAUGCAUCACAUACUCAGUCAUUCCAAUGCAAAUAUUGCGAAAAAGUUUUCAAUGAUCGUCGUAGUCAUCUUCAACAUGUAAAACGACAUUUGACGAAAGAGGUUUUCGAAUGCUCUCAUUGUAAUCGUUCUUUCAACCAAAAGGCAAAUAUGGAAAGGCAUGUAAGAGCGGUGCAUUUAAAUGAAGGAAAACUUUUGUGUGAUUCUUGUCCUUUUACUACAUUCUAUUCUCAUAUAUUGAAAGAUCAUGUCAAUCGCGUUCAUUUUGGGCUAAAAACUGGUAAAUUUACUUGCAAAUAUUGUCAAAAAGUAUUUACCAGACGGUCCACUGCAGAGGAGCAUGUAGACAAACAUGAAGGAGUUUACAGAUAUACUUGUGAGAAAUGUGGUAAAAAGUUUCGCAAUAAAGGAAGAUGUAAAACGCAUUAUGCACAGUGUGUGUUAUCACAAACUAGUGAGAAACACACAACUUUGCCAGAAAAUAUGGAAAUUCUUUUUGCACCUUAA